UUGUUUAAUCGUGUUAUGUUCUCUCUUCCUCAGAAACACUCGUCUCAGUGUAAGUUUGCCACAGUGCAGUGCCCUCAGUGUCUGGAAUCUGUUCGUAAGAGCCAUCUGGAUAAACACAAGAGCGAGCAGUGUUUACAGCGGCGUAUGACCUGCCCUGCCUGUGCAGGGAGCUUUGUGUAUGCUAGCAAACAGAUUCAUGAACAGAUUUGUCCUUUCGCCAAUACAGUGUGUGGAUAUUGCGAAAUGGAGCUUAUACGGGAUCAGUUGGCAUUGCACUGUGACACAGACUGUCUGAAAGCUCCUGUGGCCUGUACUUUCAGCACUUUUGGUUGUCAUGUAAAGAUGCCAAGAAAUGAACUGGCCCAACACAUGCAGGAAUUUACACAGAUGCACAUGCGUUGCAUGGCUGAGUUUCUGCGUAGCCAGACUCUCAAUAGCUGCUCAGUGCCCUCAUUUGCCACACACUCUUCGUCAGAUGAACGUGGGGCCUCUACCCGAGCCCCAGAUUCUUGCCAGUGUAGACCGGAGCUGAUGAACCUGCGUGAGACGGUCUUGGAGCUGGAGGGCCGGCUGGUUCGUCAAGAUCAACAGAUCCGCGAGCUGUGCAUCCACAAUGAGACACAGAAAAACCAGGUCACAGAGCUACGCCGAAAGCUGAGCUCACUGGAGGAGGCCACCCGAGAGCUGGAAGCCCAGCAGUAUCAAGGCGUCUAUGUAUGGCGCUUGGAGAACUUCUCACUUCACCUGCGCAACCAAGAAGCCGGUCAGCCCAUAGUCCUCCACAGCCCACCUUUCUACACGGGCCGGCCGGGGUACAAACUCUGCCUACGACUGCAUCUGCAAACUCCCAGCGCCCCACGCUGUUCCAACUACAUCUCACUUUUCGUGCACACUAUGCAGGGUGAGUUUGACAGCCAGCUCUCCUGGCCCUUGCAGGGCAUGAUCCAACUGGCAGUGUUGGACCAGGUCGAGGGGCAGCAUCACGUGGAAGUGAUGGAGACCAAGCCAGACCUGCAGGCCUUCCAGAGGCCCACUGUCCUGCGCAACCCCAAGGGUUUUGGCUACGUCACUUUCUUGCACCUACAGGCUUUGCGGCAGCGUGGGUUUGUGAAAGACGACGUGCUGUUGGUGCGCUGCGAGGUCACACCACGAUUCGACGCUAGCCUCAGGAGGGAAGGGGUCCAACCUCGGGGGUCAGAACCUUCACUUUGAGUUCCUACAUCGCUCCUGCAUUCUUAAGUUCUCAUAGACACUUUGCUGAAACGAAAAUGUGGCAAAACCUGGACUUUCUUUGACUCUUCAUGGUACACCAGGCUUAGUAAUGAUGGGUUUACAAAGUUGCAUAACUUGUAUGUCUGUUGUGAAGUGUUUUAUAUACAAAUGUUGUUUCUCAAAAACCUUUUAAUCAGUGCAAUCAAUGGACAAAUCUACAUAUGAUUAGCAUCAGAAAUUCACUGAAUGUCCCGUCAACCAAGCUAAAGAGUGUAAAACUAUUAUUUUAAUGGUGCUGCUUGUGCUAAGUGUUAGCUUUCACAAAUUAUUUUCAUGAUACUACAUUCAGCUACCUUUUCUGCCCACUCGGCAGUAGGGAAAAAAAAUCAUUUUUGCUAUCUUUUUUUUUUUUUCUUAAAAUAUGUACUUAAUUUUCAUUUAUUUGACGAGAUCUGACAAUUUAAAGCAUCAUCAGUACAGAGCAGCACUGUUUACUGUGAUUAUACUAAAUGUCAUGCAUUGUUCAUUUAACAACUUAAUGUCUUAAGGUGUGGUUACAUUAGCGAAGUUUCGAUGAAAAAUUGUUAGUGAUGCAUGAAGUGCAGCUCACAAAGAAUUCCCUUUAAAACCAGGCAACUCUCUGUUGGUUAAUGGAGUGAAUCUGCCUGGGGAAAUCUUUCGCCCUCUUACGAAACUCCCAGUCACUUGGAUGACAGUCACUCCCAGUUACUGGGUUUUAUAAGAAAAUUCGCCAAACAACAGUAAAUGUGAUCACACCUUAAUGCAGAUGUUUGUCUUUACUGAAAGUUGUCAGCUGCUCUAAAUUUCUGAAAGGUGCUGUACGUAACAAGCUUAGCCUAUAAACAAGACAUUACAUUUUUUUCUCCCAAGUCACCUUACUUGUGCUCAAUAUUGCUAAUAUGUAUGAAUGUUCAACGUGCUUCAUUGAAAAACUUUGACAGAGUAUGAAUACCUUUUUUUUUUUUUUAUCAGAUGGACUAAUAUAUGCAAGUUAAUCUGAUAAUUGUAUUGACACUGGAAAUCUGACAAUCGUUUUUUUAAUAUAAUGUUCUUUUUUUACAUCACAAUAUACAGUGCUCAGAUGU